UGUGUGUGUGUGUGUGUGUGUGUACAUAUGCCUAUAUUUAUAUAAUUUUAUUUACAUUCAUAUUAUAGUCAAAUCUCUUUUAUAUACUUUAUUUUAUAUAUACAAAUGGUUAGUAAUAAUACUCAUAGAUUACAAUUUGAUAAAGGGAUUAUGAAACUAUAUGCUUAUGACCCAUUUUCAAAUCAAUAUAAAACACGCAUUCUAACUCUGCCUGAGCUGCCAUCAUUUGAACCUCUGGAAUACUUGUUUAAUAAUGAAUCCAUUUCAUCAUGUAAUGACAAUAAGUUGAUAGUAGAAACAAAACAUAGUGAAAAUAAUAAGAGUCCUCAUCAUCCUAUUCAAGUCAGUCCUUACCACACUAAAGAGAAAAUAGUUACUACUAUUGACAGACCUACUAGACCAAAAAGAACAUUAUCUGAUGCAUUCCAUGCUGCCUUUAGUGGAUUCAUACAUAGUAAUAAGAAGUCUCAAAAUUGUUGGAAAGCAGAAACAUGUUUUAUUGAAUUAAGAGUAUCUGCUGAAAAGUCAACUUAUCCGCUACAACAUCCUUGUGAAAAUUGGUGGAUGUCUAGCCCAUCUAUUCAUUCCUUCUAAGAAAAUAUAUAUGUGUAUAUAUAAAUAUCCACUUUUUUUUUCUCUCUCUUUCUCUUUGUUUUUUUUAUUAUUAUUAUUACUGUCAUUCCUUUUCC